AACAGUUUCAUUGACAUCAGCGGUGGGGCGCGUGCAUGUGAAUGACAUCAGCAGUUUGUGCGUCGCUGCAAGUGUUUGUUUGCGUGUAAACAAGCGGAGGUCGGAAUAGAAAAGUCUAGAAGUGCGCCUAAAAAAAAUAAUACACAUUUUAUUAUUUAAAUAUCCGCAGAUAUUUGUUUAGCAGGUGGCAGUCCUGCGAAAUGAUAAGCGAGUUAACGAUAAGGGAGUAAGCGCUGGGCUGUUUGAAGGGCGCUCUGUAGAAAGAGUACGAGGGUAUUCCCGUUUGGUUUCGGUUCGUUUCGGCCACGCUAGACCAGGCAGCGCUGUUGGAAACUCCCUGGAUGUGUACGGGCCUAGUUCAACAGGGACCACAGCCCCAGCCCUGUUACCAAGCUGGCAGGAGCACGACGUUUUUGAAAAUGGAAUCUGAAGUGAAGGACGGAGAGGAGGAGAGUCUGCAGACUGCCUUCAAGAAGUUGAGAGUGGACGCUGAAGGGUCUACCGCAGCAGUUCGAGUCUGUGAGUCAGCAAGUCAGAGAACAUCAGCUCGGGCGAAUGCAGAAGGAGCCAAACCGAAGGCGGUGUGUUCAAAAGAGAACUGGCACGGAUGUGCAAGGAAGACAUCAAGGGGAGCUGUUCGAAGCCAGCGCAGACGACGCUCAAAAUCUCCCAUCCUUCACCCUCCGAAAUUCACCUACUGCAGUUCCAAAAUGUCCCCACCUACCUGCCAGCUCAAACACAAAAGCCAGCCUGACCCUAACCAAGGAUGCGUUUCCCUCAGAGCUCCUGCUAAAAAGGAGCUUUUAUCUACAGGGAAAUCCUCCCCAGUAUUCGGUGCCACCGCUUACACACCGUACAAUCUUCAGCCUGGGGGAGCUGCGGCUCCUGGAGAAAUUGUCAAAUCCACAUCCACCUCCUCCGAAGACGAUGAAGACGAAGGAACUCCGAAACAAUCCACGCCGGGGAGCAGCCACCAGAAUGUCCGCUCUGAAAGUAAGCUCACUUCUAACUCCCCGUCUGACUUCCAGUCUCUGUCCAAGCUCAGCGAGGACAAGGACUGCUCCUGUCCCCAGAAAGAGUGCCAGUGCAAAAACUGGCAAGGCGUGGAGGUGUACUCCUUCACCGGCCUUCGAGAUGUAAUUUCUGAAUGCGAGAGAAACAUGGCAGCAGAGAGCGUUUCUCAUAGUCCAUCGCAAAGGAGAACUCGGAGCAGUACUGCAACGUCAGGGUCCCCGCGCUCCUGUUCAGAGCAAGCCAGGGCCUACGUGGACGACAUAACAAUUGAGGACCUUUCAGGUUAUAUGGAAUACUACCUGUAUAUCCCUAAGAAAAUGUCGCACAUGGCAGAAAUGAUGUACACUUAGAAUGGGGCUGGUUUGUGUGUGGGUUUUUUUUUUUUUUUUAAUGGUUAAGCAUGAUAGUGUAAAAACAAGGCAACUAGAAGUUUACCUUUGUCAUGCUGUUCUGAUCAAGCUGCUUGUAAUAAGCACUCUUUUUUGUAUCCUGUAUUCUCAAUCCCAGAUGACACACACAGAGUGACAAGAUAGGUUUCAGUGAAUCUAAGUUUUUUAUUGAUCCAUUGUUGCAAUGAUAGUUUACAUGAUAAAGUUGCCAAAGUCCUCCCAGAGUAUUACAGAUAUGAUUUUUUUUUUUAUUCCUGUAUUUAAAGCCAACAUCAGAACGAUGUUCCUGAUGCCAAGGACAUAGGAUUUCUGUGUGGGAGCUUCAAUUUCACUGUGUUGAUAAUACAUUGUUGACGUUGCAUCUGCGUAAUGUAACACUCAUCGUUCUAACAUGAUAGCUUUUUUUUUUUGGGUGGGGGGGG